AUGUUGAUCGAUUUGAAUGUUUCUGAUGAUGGAUUGGAUGAUGAAGAAAUUGAGAAUGCUUUUGAGGGUAAUGAAUGUAGCUCGUCUGAAGAGCUUAUUGAUUCAGAUGUGAAGAGUGAGGCAUUUAAGGCAGUAAGAAAUGAAAUUGGGGAUAAAUUGCAGACAAUGGUUACUGAUUAUGAUUUAAGUGAGAAUCGAUGGUUUUGGAACAUGUACAAUUUGAGAAAACGGUGGGCUUCUGUUUUUACCAACGAGAAGUUUACAGCCGGCCUACAUGCAACUUCUAGGAGUAAGGUGACGAACAAGGUUUUGAAAGAUUUAUGCUCUGCUACAACUUCUCUUCAUGAGUUUGUCAUCCAAUAUGAAAGAUUACAACAUGAGUGGCGUUUGAGAGAGUCUGAGGAGGACACUAUGUGUCGUGGCGUCCCUGGUCAGUUUAUCCAAAACAACAAUCUGCUGAAACAUGCGGCCUCUGUUUACACGAGGAAUGUGUACAAAACUUUUGAAUGUGAGGUAACUCAUUCUUUAAAUGUGAAGAUUAUGCAGCAUCCGUAUGACUUCAGCGCCGAUGCGUUAGUGUACGCAGUGUCUUCAAGUUCAUCCAGUAAUGGAAUUCGUACGAUUCAUUUCAGACGUCCAACACGUCAUGCCAGCUGCUCUUGUCAAAUGUGGGAGGCAGAAGGUAUUUUGUGUCGCCAUAUACUCAAUAUUAUGUUGUUGUUGAAUAUUGACAGCUUGCCAGCACAAUUCAUACUUUAUAGGUGGAGGAAGGACGCGAAGAAUAGGUUUCUACCUAACCAAACAAAUCUGAGUGACGAAGGAGGAAAAGAUAGCAUUGCGAAUAUGAUUUUUGUUAACCAUAAUAUGAAAACUCUAUAUGAUUUGAUGUUGGAGUGCAAGGGCGACUAG